GUUCACAACAUUCAGUAGUUCAUUAGACCACACUCGUAAACAUUGAACUGUUACACUGGACUGGUAUUUUACAUUUUUCAUUUAAUUUCUCUUCGGACCAGCUAUAAAAAGAGAAAACUUUUUACGUUUGCGACUCAUCAUGGAUGUCCCAGAAGCCAGUCAUUCUCAAGAUGCACUGCCAGAUGCUGCAAACUCUUCAAGCGAUUCCAGUGUGUCCUUAACACCACACAUGUUGGCCAAGAUUGAACGGAAUAGACAACGGGCAUUGAUGCUCAGGCAAGCCAGGCUCGCUAAUAGACCGUCUUCAGCUCCAGAAGGAGCUACAUGUGCUAAAGUUGCAAAAACUAUAGACUCAGGUGCAGGGUUUUUUAUUGAAGAGGAGACAACUGAGGAUGAGCAGCAGGACAAAAGAGUGGUUGAGCAACCAGCCCCAGUAAUGGAGCCUGAUUAUCUUAUGUGUGAGGAGUGUCUAAAACCAUUCAUGGACUCUUAUCUCAGCAACAGUUUUGAUCUGUCUGUGUGUGAUAAAUGCAGAGACAACGAAGUCAAGCACAAGCUAAUAUCUCGAACGGAAGCCAAACAGAAUUUCCUCCUGAAGGAUUGUGAUCUGGAUAAGAGGGAGCCACCGCUGCGAUUUAUUCUGAGGAAAAAUCCUCACAAUCCACGCUGGGGAGACAUGAAACUCUACUUAAGGUCACAGGUGGUAAAGCGCUCUCUGGAGGUGUGGGGCAGUGAGGAGGCUCUGGAGGAGGCCAAGGAGAACAGAGAGGAGAACAGGGAGGUGCAAAAGCAGAAACGCUUUAAUAAAAAGGUUAAAGAGUUGAGGCGGGCAGUCAGGAGCAGUAUGUUUAAGAAAGAUACCAGCAGUCAUCAGCAUGUUUAUGGGCCUGAGGAGCUGCUAGACGCAGAGGAAGAUCUCUACAGGAAAGUGUGUCAAACCUGUGGACACGAACUCACUUUUGAGAAAAUGUAAAUACGUCUUUGAGGUCUCACUGCUGUGGCUACUGUACAGGGAAGAAGCAGGGUCCGGAUCCAGGUCAGCGAAGAGUAAUCCUGAUCUUGUUUCUGGUCCUCGACACGCUCCAUUGCCUCGCAGUCCAGGUACCAAACAGGUGUGCAUCAGUUUUUACUUGAACCAAUUCAGAGUAUCUGAAACUCCUAACCAGCAUAGUGGUGCUGUUUAUGUGUGUUAAUGCCUUCUGAUGUUUAGAAAUGUCAGCAUUAAAGGGAUAGUUCACCCAAAAAUGAAAAGUCUGUCAUUAAUUGCUCACCAUCAUGUCGUUCUAAACACGUAAGACCUUCGUUCGUCUUCGAAACAUAAACUGAGAUAUUUUUGAUGAAGUCUGAGAGCUUUCUGACCCUGCAUAGACAGUAAUGCAACUGACACGUUCAAGGCCCAGAAAGUUAGUAAGGACAUUGUUAAAAUAAUCCAUGUGACAUCAGUGCUUCAACUGCAAUUUUAUGAAGCUACGAGAACACUUUUUGUGCGCAAAGAAAAGCACGUUACUCUCAUGAAUGCACAGCGAAGCCUGACAUGUUGAAUAAAGUCAUUAUUUUUGUUUUCUUUGUGCACAAAAAGUAUUUUUUUAUGUCCUUACUACCUUUUUGGGCCUUGAAUGUCAGUUGAUAUCACUCUGUGCAAGACCACAAAGCUCUCGGAUUUCAUCAAAAAUAUCUUAAUUUGUGUUCUUAAGAUGAACGAAGGUCUUACAGGUUUUGGGAGGGUGAGUAAUUAAUAACAGAAUUUUCAUUUUUGGUUAAAUUAUUCCUUUAGGAUUAGAGUAUGUCGCACUAGAUUUGAUCACAAGAGGGCACUAUAGAGCUGCUAUUGUCAAAAUUGGAAGAUCAAAAUGAUAGAUGAUGCAAGGUUGAGUUCUUUGUUAUUUUUGGGUUGAGCACACUGUUGAACAUACUCUAAAUCUAUGAAAUGGAGAAGAGAAUACAAAUGAUGAUACAAAAUAUUAAAUUUUACAUCCCAGUCAAGUUUUUAUUUAAUAUUUAGGAUGUGACUACCAAACAACUGUGAUAUUAUUAUUUCUGUGUAUCAUAAUGACAAGGCAGAAGCACCAAAUUGGUCCAAUGCUGAAUUAGUAACAGGAUCUCGUUUAUCACUCUCCUACCUCGUAAAGUCCAGUGCCUGUUUGUUCAGUGAGAGAUAUUGAUAAUUCCAUACGUACACUGAGCGAUUCUCUCACGGUGUUGUGUUUCAGUCUGUCUGUGUGACUAUUGAAAGGCUUCCUAAUUCACAAGAAGCACGAAUGCAUUCAUUCCUUAAUGACCACUUUUUUCUUCACAUUUGAAGCCAGUGUUGGGUAGAUACUUUAUGCUGUAUUAGAAAUGAUAAAUUUAGUCUAUGAAAUAUUUGUUUAAAAAGAUUUCUUUGUUUGUAAUAAAUGUUUUUUUUGCACAUAUUAGAAA